ACUAACUUCAACGUAAUUAUCUUUUUUAACCCAAAUCUUCGGGCCAAACCCCAUACUAUAAGUCUAUAAUCUUAACAACACAGUAAAAGUAGGCCCAGAUGUUAUCUUUUCCUUAGCCCAAUCAGAUUCAACAAAAAGAAAAGGUUAAGAUCAGCAAGAUCAUCUUCAUCUUCUACAUUUCCCACCCACACGUAUCACUUCGAUUAUCUCUCACCAUUUCUUAACCUGAAAACCUCACAAUUUAAUUUUAAUUUUUUUUCCUUUUAAAGAACUUACACUCUGUGUUGUCGUACUAAUAACAAACAGUCAACGCCUCCAUUGGCCCUCAAAGAAAAAGUCUGAUGAUCUAUUAUUAUAUUGAGGGUAUUUUGGGCUGAGUUAGAACCCAAAGAGAUAGAUUACGCGUUCAGUUUCUAAAUUGAGCGUUGGAAGCCCAAAUACCGAAGUCCAACCCAGACGAUGUAAAGAUUCCUCCGCUUUCUUUCCAGAGGAGAAAAGUUAUCAUCUUCGAUGGAGUCAUCAUCCGGUUUACAAAAUCAGCAUAUUUUCAGAACAAGCCCACUGGUAAAGCUUAAUGGAAGAAACCCAACGGGGCGUGGGAGGGCAACGCCUGAUUUAGUUAAAUUGGUUGAAGGGGUCAGCAGGAAAAAGUAUUUACCUAUGCAUUUGUGUUCGGCCACCUCCUACGGUGGUGGUUUCAGGCAGCAGCAGGGUGGACGCUUAGUAGGCAAUGGUGAUGGAGUAAUCAUUGUCGAUCAUGGCUCCCGCCGGAAGGAGUCCAAUCUUAUGCUGGAUGAAUUCGUGAAGAUGUUCAAAGAAAAGAUGAAGUACCCUAUUGUGGAGCCUGCCCACAUGGAAUUGGCGAAACCAUCUAUCGAAGAUGCAUUUAGUUUGUGUGUUCAAAAAGGAGCAAAGCGAAUUAUUGUGAGCCCAUUUUUCUUAUCCCCCGGUCGACAUUGGACCCAGGAUAUACCCUCCUUAGCAGCUGCAGCAGCCAAGGAACAUCCGGGUGUCUCAUAUUUAGUUACAGCUCCUUUGGGCCUACAUGAAUUGCUUGUGGAUGUUAUGAACGACAGAAUUACACAUUGCUUAAGCCAUGUUUCUGGAGAUGCAGAGGAGUGUUCAGUUUGUGCUGGAACAAGAAAAUGUCAACUGUACGGAUGA